CCUGCGGUUACCCAGCUUGGGUAAAAGAGUAGGGUUGUUCCAAAAUUGACUCCUCUGGAUUGCAAAAUAUGUCGUUAACGGAAUCCUACAGUCUGAUGCAAUUGUUCCAUAUACUAAGCCCAAAAACCAACAUAUUCCAAGUAUAUUCCACCAAUGAAUCAUUUAUUUCACUGUAGGUUUUCUUAAACUUAUUCGAUGUGAAGGUUUCCUUACGCCAUGAUGAUAAAUCUUGCACUUAUCUCUCCAUUUAGAUUUCUGUACACUUUCCUGAUGCCGUAUUAUUAUCCACUGAAAUUUCUUAUCAGUUAGGGAUUCCCUACACCUUCCUUAAUCUGUUCUCCAUUUAGAUAUCCGUACACUGUGUUCUUCGGACUGCAGUACAUCCUCAAGAGAUGGCUGGUUGGGAAAGUGGUCACCGAAGAGGUCAUCCAGGAGGCCAGGAGAAUUUUCAAUGCUACGCACGGAGACGAGGAUACCUUCAACGAGGAGGGAUGGAAUCACAUCCUUAAGAAACAUGGUGGUUACCUCCCAGUCAGGAUCAAAGCCGUGGCCGAAGGCUCCGUCGUCCCAACUAGGAACGUUCUCUUCACCGUCGAAAAUACGGAUCCAGCGGUGCCCUGGCUCACUCAGUAUCUGGAGACGAUUCUGGUGCAAACUUGGUACCCAAUGACAGUGGCAACGGUAUCGAGGGUCUGCAAGCAACUUUUGUACAACUCUAAUGAACGAACCUCAGACGAUCAAAGUUUACUCUCUCAGUCGCUGAGUGAUUGCGGUUAUCGAGGAGCGUCCUCACUGGAAUCAGCUGCUGUAGGUGGAGCUGCACAUAUAGUCAACUUCACGACUACACAGAAUAUUGCCGGAACCUGUUUGCUGAGGAAGUACUACAAUGUGGAUGGUGUUCCAGCCUACGCAGGAGUAUCGUCUGAGCAUUCAACUGUUACUGCCUGGGGACGAAAAGACGAAACUGCAGCUCAAAGAAACACGAUGAAAACAUUUUUUGGAAGAAAAGUUGCCUGUGUUGUCGAUUCCUAUGAUAUAUGGAAGAGCAUAAACGACAUAUUUUGUGGAGAACUUAAAGACAUUAUUUUGCAACAUAAAAAUAAAGGUGGAACCUUAGCUAUAAGACCAGAUAGUGGAGACCCUAAACAAGUUUUACUGAAAUGUUUGGAUAUUCUUGGGAAGGAAUUUGGAACUGAGAAGAACUCGAAGGGAUACAAAGUUCUACCUUUAUUUAUGAAGGUGUUGCAGGCUGAUGGCAUCAACUGUCAAUCCCUUGCGGCCAUUCUCAAGGCGAUGGAAGAUAGUGGUUGGGCAUCUACUAAUGUUGUAUUUGGAUCUGGCGCUGCAUUACUGCAGAAGGUAGAUCGAGAUACCCAAAAGUGUGCUUACAAGUGCAGCCUUGCUGUGAUAGAUGGAAAGGAGCAUGAAGUAUUCAAGCAACCCAUCACUGACCCAGGAAAGCAUAGUAAACGAGGCAGAUUAGCACUCCUGUACAAGAACGGAGUUUACACUACUGUCAAGGCUUCAGAUUGCACUACAGAGAAGGACCAUCUGGAAAUUGUCUACGAAAACGGAAGACUGCUGAAGGACUUCAAUCUCGAGGAGAUCCGCGAAAGAGCCCAAGUGACCUGCGUUGAUACCGAGAUCUUAAAAUCUAUUGAGCAAGAUGCUUUACAGUGAAAGAAUGCCUAUUUUUUCGUUUUUAUCAGCAUUUUUACAACAUUUAGGAGGAUCCUUUAUUAAAUGUGGAAUGUAAAAAACCCCAUAUUCUUAAUUUUUUUUUUAAUGUGACCACAAGUCUGUUCAAGUAAGGAUGCUCUGUUCCUGCAGACUAUUCAUUAUCUUUUGAUAGUACAUUUUCAACACUGCUAUUGUAAAGACUGGUUUUGGUUUUGACUACAUAAUCGGAUAGAUAUGCUGAAGUAAGAAUGUCUGUUGUUACCAUAAAAACUAAAAUGAAUGAUAAUGCUCUUCCUCUACUGCCUUAGAAUUUGAGUAUGAUUAAUAAAGUUCUGUCGUAUUCAA